CAAGCAAAGCAUCAGUUACGCACACUAACUCACUCUCCUUUCUCUCUUCCAAAGUUUUGCUUUGAUCGGUAUCUCUCCCGUUCUCCAAAACUUUCUGAAUUUGUUUAAGCUUGGUCGUCAUGUCCGAUGAGGAUCGUCAUUUUGAAUCGAAAGCGGAUGCGGGAGCUUCUAAAACAUUUCCUCAGCAGGCCGGCACCGUCCGUAAGAACGGCCACAUUGUGAUCAAAGGUCGUCCUUGCAAGGUUGUGGAAGUUUCGACUUCCAAGACCGGAAAACACGGGCACGCGAAAUGUCAUUUCAUCGGAAUCGAUAUCUUCUCCGGCAAAAAAGUCGAAGAUAUCGUUCCUUCAUCUCACAACUGCGAUAUUCCUCAUGUCAAUCGUACUGAUUACCAGCUGAUUGAUAUCUCCGAGGAUGGAUUUGUGAGUUUGCUUACUGAAAGUGGUAAUACUAAGGAUGAUCUUCGGCUUCCCACUGAUGAUGCUCUGCUUACACAGAUAAAGACUGGAUUUGCAGAGGGGAAGGAUCUGAUUGUAACUGUGAUGUCAGCAAUGGGUGAAGAGCAGAUCUGUGCUUUGAAGGACAUUGGCCCCAAAUAAAUUCCGAUUUCUCAUUGCCCUAAUCAAAUAUGGUAAUGUUCAAUUUUUACUGAAAUUCCAUAUGGGUUUUAAAUGAAGAGUUUUGCUAAUUAGUGCAUUCUUUAAGAUUAUUUGAUUUAUCAGUUUAAUAAUAACAUUGUAUGAAAUUCAAUAAUUGAUGAUUUUGUUUGUCAUUUUUGAAGA